AAGGCACCCAUUGAUAUCUACUAUCUGGCGCUCGCAUCGCAUUGUUAUGAUUGAAGCGGGUGAUUCCUCGCGCACGUCCAUGGGUGAUUAUUUUGACAAGUGAAUCGUAUAUCUUUGUCGGUUUAAAAGUGAUCGGAAGUCGAUUCCAAGCAUCUGUCAAUGAGAGGACGGCGGGACCCAUGGACUCCAAUUAAUAACGGUUCGUUACAAUUACUUGCGGAAUCUUGGCAGUGCACCUGGACCGUGAAAAACAUCCUCGUCUCGACCGUACAAUCCUCGUUCUGAAAUAUGGCACUGACAAAUAUCUUGCUGCUCAGUCAGAUAGCGGGCUACGUCGUAGCUCUUAUCUUGUCCAUCUGCAUCAUCGUGCCUAUGAGCUUGCACCAGGAUGAGUUUAGAGGACACUGUCUCCUGUUUUCAACUGGAAUCUGGCAGGAGUCGGAUGGCCAGUUCGUAGUGAACUGGGCAUCGCAGGCAUACUGCAAUUAUACGAUAUUCGUGGGCCUGAUACUUCUCAUAACAUCGGCGAUGCAGAUCUAUCGACUGUCCUUGCUCAUGUAUCGCAGCGAGGACAGUUCGUUUCUCUCCGCAUUUGUGGACGUCGUCACGUCCAUUAUCCUCACUACCAUCACCCUAAUCGCGGCAAUUAUUGUUACUUUAGGCUUUAUGACGUGGUGUCAAUGUAUGACAAAGAGAUUCCCAUCUUGUGAGCUAGCCGCUGGAAAUGAUAUUGACAAGGCUGAUGGUAUUGAUACAUCUGGCUUUCACAUCGAGCUCGGUGCUGCACAGUUCGGCAUCUGGAGCAGUCUAUCGAUUUGGGUCGGUUUGUCGGUUUUCGCAGUCUUAAAAAUGUUACGGUAUCAUCAGUUGGAGAACAUGAAAGUCUCUAUGUAUAGAGAAAGACAAAAAUUGAUAGAAGCCACUACAAGUGGCACUCAGGAGCAGGAACCGAGUUAAAAUUCGGUAGCCUAGUUUUCGUUUCUCAGGGGUAACAUGUUUGAGAAUAUAUGUUUGUUAAUUCGCAAGGAUAAAUAAUACAUUUAUAUAAACAGUUACAACAUAUAAUAAUUUUUUAUUAAUUUUCAAACG